AUGCAAGAAGAGCUGGAUUUCACACUGAGCAUGUGUGCGGAUGCUCCUCCAUCCCGAGGAAAUGCUACGCCACGGGGACGUGGAAGAGGACGUGGAGGCCCGAUGUCUGGUCCAAAUUCUGGGGCGAGCACGCCUAGCAGAGGUCGUGGUCGCGGAGGGUACGAUUUUUCUGGUGGUCGCGGCUCAAGAGGUCGCGAUGGUAUCGGUGCAUCUCCACGAGGUGGUCGAGGUCGUGGGGCGCCUAUGCCUGUGCCUAUGCAUCGGCAGCUAAACAUAACGCUUUCUGGUCUUCUGUAUCAAGAAAGACCUCUUCUGCGUCCGAUCGUGUUCGUGCCAUCGGUCCUUACGCGGGUUUUAUUCCAGGAGGAUGACUCGGAGUUGCUCAAGCCCGGUGUUGAGGACGUGGAUGAUACGGAGAGAAGCCAUGUUCCAACUGCGGACAGCGUUUCUCGUGUUUUCAGUGGAGGUGAUAUUCCUCUCAUGGAGUCCGAUUCAGAUGAGGACGAAGAUGCAGAGGAGAUAGAGGAAGUUGAUUUCGGCGAAGUUGGAAAGCUAUUUGACGAUGCGGCCGAGACGAAGAAAACGACAGUACGGAAGAGCAAACUAUCGGAGACAACGGUGAUAGUGGAGCAAAAAUUUACUGGGUUUUUUGUCGACACUCCGCCUGUCGCGGCCAAUGCAGCGGCAGAGACGGACGUGAACGACCUCGCGAAAAUGGUGGAGGAAACUCUAUCAGCUACGGACGAACCUACCGACAUUGCGAUGGCCGACGAGACAGCUCCUUCUCAUGAAAACCUCUUCUUCGUCGAUACGACGCCAACACCUAUCCCGGCCGAACUAGCCCCUACGGUCCAUAACCCACCGACUACCCUUCUGGAUGACGACGACGACAUUAUCGUCUAUGUCGCCCCUCAUCCUCGAAACACGUCCUACGAAGCCAAAGGAGACGGUCCAAAAGUUACAACACAUCCUCAAGCCGAUACCUCCUUUUUCUCUCCAUAUGUCCGUCCAGGACCCCUACCGUCCCAACCCGAGGCCUCAUCAUCGUCUUCGUCCAACCUACCGCCUCCUGUUCUUGAACCACCAUCCCUGUCCUCAAUCAAAUUUCAUUUCUCCGACACUUUAAAAACCGCCACCCCUGCUCGCCUAGCUACCCCACCCAUAUCCACUCCUCGUCAGGCGAAGGCAUGGAAACGAAAACGCGAGCGCGGCUUUGCGAGAAAGAAGAAGGGCAAGUUGACGUCUUUCGGUGCCUUUGGAGCCAUGCGAGAGGAGGCUUUGUUGCACAACCGUGACCCACAACAGGCAGAGCGGAGGAAAGGCGACUCAGAUUUAGAAUGGGGUGAUACCGAUGACAAUGAGACGGCUGACGACGUGGAUCAGGUGUUUGCUUCUCUUCGUGACAUGAAUGGCCAAUCGAAGGCCGAUACGAAGGGGAAGGGCAAGGCAAGAGAUGACGGCAAUUCUUUGCAGUGUGCAGAAGAGGAAGUACAUGGCAUGGAUAUCGAUCCUGACAUGCAGAUGGAUCUAACGGCGAUGAAAAGUUUCGUGGGUGGUUUAUUAGGCCCCAGCGCAGGGGAGCACACGACGAUGGCCGAUCUAAUUGAUGCAGAAGUUAUGCGGAUGGAAGACGAGGAUGAUGCCAAUGAAGAGGAACGCGGGUCGAGUGGAGAGGAGGAAGAAAAGGAGGAAGAUCUAAUGAAGGCUGAGGAGGACAUGAUAAUCGCCGAGGCUUUGCAGUUCAGUGACGAAGAUGACGAUGACGAUGACGAUGACGACGACGAAGACAAAGACCAGACACCUAGGACAAGCUUUCAAGCACGACUGGAACGCCUUAGGGAGAAGGCGAGGAGCAAGAAGCCGGAGGAUGAAUCAUUGGAGUACUACAUGGACGACGACGACGACGACGACUCGGACGACAGUUGGCCUGAUUUUCCAGAUCAGGCACGAACCGCAGCGGAGAGAGAUGAGGCAUUCAUCCAGGAGAUUCAGGAUAUGCUGGAUGAGAACGUGGACAUCCUUGAAGGAAGAAAUAAGAAGGGGAGAAAGAAGCUCUUCAAGUCUAUACUCAAUGGCUCCUUCGAUGAUGACGAAGGUUUCAUUCCCGCCAAGCGGAACAAAGACAAGGGCAGAGACCUUCUACCUGAACUACGUGCCCAAUGGGAGAAGGAUCGACAAAAGAAGGCAGAAUACAAGAAAGCACGCGAACUUGCCCGUCUCGAAGCCGCCGCCGACCCUCUCAGCAAGAAGAAGGGCGGCAAGAAAGGUCGCAAGGCCAUGCUAGCUGCUGCCGCCCUCGACCCAACGAUAACAGUUAUACCCAACCGUGUCGUCGACAUGACGACUCUCGUGCAGCAGAUCCGGCGGUUCAUCGCAGACAUUGGCGGCCCGAAGGAGAUGGCUCUACCACCCACCAACAAGGAGACGCGGAAGAACAUCCACGAGAUGGCGAUUGCGUUCAACUUGAAGAGCGUUAGCAAAGGCAAGGGCGACGCGAGGUACACGACGUUGACGAAGACGACAAGGUCGGGUGUGGGUGUGAACGAGCAAAAGGUGGCGAAGAUUGUGAGGAGGAGUGGGGGUAUGGGUGCUCGCGGCGAUUCAUUCAUUUACGACAAGAAAGGCAGGAGUGGUAGUGGUCCGAAGAUGCCUCGUCAUCGAGAUGGAGAUGAGGUUGGCGGAACUGCGCCGAAGCUCAACGAAUCAAAUGUUGGUUUCCGGAUGCUUGCUAUGAUGGGUUGGGCAGAGGGUAUUCGUAUAGGAGGUGCGACCGGCGGCCUGGAUGUCCCUUUGACUGCCAUUAUCAAGAAUUCGAAAUUGGGAUUGGGUGCGACGAAGUGA